AUGGAAAUCUCUUUGGCUCUAUCAACCACUACCAUCAGCUUGAGCAGCUUGGCGGUCGCUGCCAGGGCGGACUGCUGCUGCGUCACACAUUGUUUCCGCAAGGCCCUGUCAUCGCAGCAGCCAAGGUUCUUCAUUGAAGCGGCCUUCAAGCGCGAGCAGGCGAUGUGCGAAGAAGAGGGCAUCACCAUAACCCUCAAGUUCCAGGACAACGCCCACAUCUUGGCUGCCAUCGACUGCCAGGACGCCAAGCUGGGCCUCGGCAUCCUACCACUGCUGGAGGAGCAGUGUGGCCUUCAGGCUGGCAGCAACGAGGCCUUCACGCAAUCUUGCCAUCGGCGGUUCGCCAAGAGCCCUGUCAAGUGCUACGUGGAGCCGAAAAUGGCGGCCAGGGAGCACUUCGAGAUCCUUCACUCCUGCUGCCCCGUACGCUACAGCACCAACCACUUCCGGGAGAAGAACAUGGACGUCAUGCCAUCCGAAGUGGUGCAGCUCCUCCUCGGGAGCAGCAAAGCCUUCGUCCGCGAGACGAUGCAAGGGGCCUUCGAGUCGGCUGCUUCCACCGACAAGCCAAAGAAGGGCUUCAUCGCUGCGCAGCUGCUGCGAUCCGUGAGCGCGCUGUUCACGCUGUUGCGCUCCAGUGAGCCCAAGUUUGUCAAGUGUGUGAAGAGCAACAAGGAGAAGAAGCCCAUGAUCAUGGAGGAGGACACUGUCGUGAGCCAGCUCCACACGCUGAGCAUCAUUGAGUCGCUGCAAACAGAGCGCCAGGGCUUCACUUACAAGAAGCUUUACAAGGAGUUUCUGGAGGAGCACGGCGCGCUGUGUGUUGCAGUGCAUGGCUGCUUGCCGUUUGGACCCACGUGGCAACGGCAGGUGGCUCGACGCGGUGGAAAUGAGGGCGAGGCGGCGAAGACCAUGACGCUGGAAGUCCUGGCGGCUGCAGGGGAGCCCUGGAGUGUCAGGGUUGCGGGGCAGCAGGAGAAGAAGGUUGUCGAUGCAUUUCGGCUCCGAAGUGGCAACGUGCUGGACUCCCCAGGAAAGCGUAGCCCGAUGAAGAGUGGGCCGGAGAUCUCUGUCAACCUUCGAGCAGAGGCCAAACUCCAGGAAGAGGUGAAACGUCUUCUGACGGACCCCGAUGAGCUCCUCUGCCCCAUCGGCAAGACCUUGAUGGAGCAUCCAUGCUUUGCUGAGGACGGCCAUACUUAUGAGCAGGGCGCGAUCGAGGAGGCAUUGCGACGCAAGCGAAUCAGCCCGCAGACCAACGAGCCAAUGGGUUUAAAGGUCACUCCAAAUCACGACAAGAAGUCCACCAUUGUCAGCUACAAGGAGAAAGUGGUCAGGAAAGUGAUGGAGAUUGGCAAGUCCCUGCCAGCUGACGUUGCAGAAGAGCUGUUGGUGAAAGCAGAGGGUUUCGUGCGGCCCAAGCUCCCAGAUUUUUCGGCACGGGUCACGCUUUUGAAGUUGUUGCAGCUGAGGGCUGAUCUUUCAUCCACGCCACAAGGCACGCAAAGCGAUGCAGUCCAACAACUCAUGAGUCUGGUGGCUGAGGAUCCGGAUAAGUCAGUCGAGGCGGUUGGAGAACUGCUUGCCAAUUUUGAACCCUGGCAUGUUGCCUCGCACUUGCACAAGUUCAAACAAGAGUUCGUUGCUGUCCUGCAAACCUCAGCUCGUGGACCGCCUGUGGCACCAUGCGCUGAAACGCUGGACAGAGAGCUUGCGAGUCGCUUGGGCGAGGCGCUGCAAACCGAGUUGCAGCAUGCUCCGAAAUCAGUGCUGCGUGCUCCGAAAUCAGAAACACCUUUUUUUGCAUUCCAGUUGAUGGAGCAAAUUGCAGAUGUUAGGAACCCGGUUCAAAAGAUGGAGCAAAAUGCAGAGAAGCUCUGGGACUUCGUGUUCUGUCUCAGCCGUUUGGAAGAUCCUGGUAUCUGGGUAGACGGCGCAGGCUUGGUGCUGGCAGCUUUGCGCGCAAAGCUGAAGGUUGAACUGCCAAGCUUGCCCGAUGAAGUACUGUACAAGGCUUCGUACUUUCUCAAAGAGCGCAAGGAUGCAUGCGCUCGUGCACAGGAGCUGUUCAGAUCUGACCUAGGUGUGGCAACCGAGACGGAAGACAGCAAGACAUUCCGGACGGAGCUUCUCAUGCAGCUUUUCAAGAGGCGCCCCAAGGACUCCCUGGAUUUGCUCAGCGCCCUGGUUGCGGAUUCCGAUGAGGAAGCGCAAGACAACUUGCUGAAAACCCUGCUUCAGAGCGAUGGUAGUGAUGAUGCCACUGCUGGUGAUGAUGCUGCUAGUGCUUGUGGUGUUGAGUGUGACUGUGAGUCCGUGUUGGUGAAGUUGCUGUUCGCUCGGCGUGGGGGGGUCCCAGGGAAGCUCCUGCAAAAGCUUGCCCUGGAAUCGAGUGACAGUGACAGUUACAUACACAAGUUGGCGCCAGAAACUUCCUUGGCUCUGGCGUCGCAGCUCGUCGGGGCAGAGAGGCCUGUGGAAGGGGCUCGAAUUGCGGUCAUUGCGUCCAAGGUCUUCGAUUCUCUUGGAAGCACAGAGAGGUCGGAGAAGGCAUUGGCCCGUGCGUAUGGAAUGGACCCUUGCAAUGCGGAGGCUGCGGAGGGCAUGCUGAGUCUUUUGCUGGGAGAUUUGGAGAAGAGGGGCCAUACUGAGCAGGAGCGCUUGUUGUUGACAUUGUUGUUUGAGCACAACAGAAUGGUUCCAGACCAUUUGCUUCCAAGUCUGCCCUUAGAGCCGCAUGAGAUCAGGCAAGUGCCGCCAGAAGCAGCCCUGUCUCUCGCAGAACAACUAUGGAACUCGAACAGACGUGCAGCGGGAGCUCAGGUUGCGGUCCUGGCCGCCCAAGCCUUCGAUGAGCUGGGCAGCCAGGAGGAGGCGUACAGGGCGUACGUCCGUGCGCACAGCAUGGACAGUCUUAAUACUGAUGCCUCCAACGGUCUUCUCUCUGCAACGAGCCGGUCUUGCCAAGAACUGGCGGCGCUUGUGAAGCAGCAGCAGACCACGAUUGACCAGCUGAGGAAGCUCAGCGACCACUUGGCUGAAGAGGUCGAGGGCCUGCGGAACCAUGUGCAAGCCAGGGACGGCCGCGGCAUCAUUUGGGACCUCUCGGGCCAAGACCUGGUAGAAGGAUUCUGCAAGGAGAGCCCGAAAAUCAACCUGGAGAAUGGCAGCGACUCCAAACACGUUCAGGCUUGGAUCUGCUGCCGUGCAAGCGGGAAGGGCAGCUCACCAACCGCGGCCAUCUUCCUACAAUGUAACGAGAGUUGCAAGAUUGAUUGUGAAAUCUCCGUGGGCGACAAGACCGAGUCCUUGAGCAUCGAGAGCACAGAGGACUACAAGACCAAGUUCCCUUUCCCAUCCGGAUUGCUGGGAGAGAAGCUCGGCAAGAUCAGCCUUCGCAUCAAAGCGCUGAAGCUCGAGGGUGGCACCGUGCAGUACGACUACUAG